AUGCCGGGGCUACAGCUACCACGCGCGGCUUUUGAGCCCAUCUCUCCGGACCUCGAUUAUACAAGCUUGGUCGAGUCUACGCCCAACUUUCACCCAGUGACGCGGAUUCAUUGCGACGCGAUUGACGAACAAGGGAUUGAGAAUUUUGAGAAACUCGUCAAGCUACAUGUUAUAAUGGGAGGGAAGCCACUGGUUGUAGAGGGGUAUCAGAGCCGAUUGGAGAAAUGGAUUUUCUCUUCACGUUGGCUCAAAGACAACCACGGCAGCAAGGUUGAAAGCGCGAGAGACCUGACGCAAAAGACGAACGUGCCGCUAACUAUCCAGCACUACCUGGCCAGCAUGCAAGGACUCACCGACCAGCUGGAUGCGACAAACUACAAAGACCCUAGCUGUCAACGCAUGUACCUAAAGGAUAUUGAUUGUCCCUCUGUCUGGUAUGAGAAGCUACGGGGAUUCCUACCACCAUUCCUAUAUUACUUGAACGAGUCGGUUGUAACCAACGGAAAGGAGGCAGCAACCGCAGGCGAUCUGAUGAGUAGUCUCCCAGACGAGAUGAGGGCUUUAAAUAUGAUGUGCUAUGUUGGCCAUGAGGGUACCUACACUCCUGCUCACCGAGAGAUGUGCGCCACCCUCGGGCAUAAUAUCAUGGUCGAAGCAUCAACUGGCGCUGUGGAGAAUGGGAAACCGACAAAGCCUGGCUCCUCGAUAUGGUUCAUGACCGAAACCAAGGAUCUCGAGGUUGUUUCAGAGUACUGGCUGUCAACAUUAGGACAUGAUAUCGAAAUUGAGGAUCACUUUGCGCAGAUAAACGCUUGGAAGUCGGCGCCAUUCAAGACAUGGAUCGUGGAACAGAAAGUCGGCGACUUCAUUUUAAUUCCUCCUCUUGCACCACAUCAAGUGUGGAACAGGGGGACGCGUACGAUGAAGGUAGCGUGGAAUAGGACGACCGUUGAGACUCUUGACCUUGCGUUAAAAGAAGCGCUACCCCGUGCGAGAAUGGUGUGCAGAGACGAGCAGUACAAGAACAAAGCAAUUGUUUAUUUCUCGCUCAAAAAAUACUCAGAUCUUCUCGAGAAGGCAACGAAGCGCCAGGGUUCAAGAUUUCGCGCUCUGAAAGCUGAUUUUAAACGCCUCUUUGCGCUCUACACUGACAUUCUUUUAUCAGAGAGCUUUUCUACGCGGUUACCAGAACCUAGGAACGUCGAACUUGUCCCAUUCUCAAGCAACAUCACUUGUUCAUAUUGUCGAUGCAACAUCUUCAACCGAUUUCUUACAUGCCCGUCCUGUAUUGGCAAGUUCCCUGACGGCGAAGAAGAUACAUAUGACGUCUGUAUGGACUGUUUUGUUAUGGGACGAAGCUGCGCUUGUGUCUCCAAGCUUAAGUGGGUGGAGCAGUUCCGCUGGAAAGACCUCACUCGAGAUCAUGAACGCUGGAGGAACCAAAUCGCUCAGUUUUCUCGCGAGAAAAAUGACAAGGGCGAUAAGGAUCCUUUUCAGCCUCUAACAACCGAGCAAGAAAAGUACGAAAAGAAGACCCUAGCAGAAAUUUGCCAGGUGGAGUUGAAGCGUCGCCCAUGGACCGAUAUCACGAAACCCGUCAAGGACAAUGUUGACGAUGAUGAUGAAAGCCAUAGAGAGUCAAAUCGGAAACGACGGAAAAUUACCAAAGCUGAGAAGCAUAAGUACAGUCGGUGCCAUAUAUGUGGCCCAACAUUGAACUGGAAGCUUGAAACUUGUUCUCAAUGUAAUUUACACUGGUGCUACGGCAGCCUCUAUAGGGCAUUCGAUAUGACUCCAAUGUCCGUGCUGGAAGUACGGAGUUGGAAGUGCCCAAGAUGCGAAAAGAUAUGCCCCUGUGCGACCUGCAAACGUCGUGACCCGACCAUUGACGGAUAUGUACCCACUGGAAUUCGAAUUGGGCAUGAUACUAAGAAGGUUGCUGAUAUUAGAAGCGUGGAAUCUUUAGUCGACUUUAGCCAUUCCAACCUAUUUUGGCUUAAGAAAUCUGGGGACCAUCCCGAAGAAUCACAGGAAAGCCGCAGAAUGCAACUCAGGAUAGAGGAAGCAGAGAAGGCCAAAAUGAAUGAUCCUAUCCUAGACGAUCAUGAACACGAUACCGACGAUGAGAUGGAUGGUAAUCUAAACAAUGGUUCUAGUCAUCUUGAUGAAAGCUUAAUCGAUCCUGCUCUCAUGGACAUGGGACCUCAAACCGGAUUUGUUGUCCCAUCCAAUGCGGUAUUCCGUGAAGACAUGACGGACCGCUACCAACCUACUGAGGGCAUUACCUUUGAAUACCCCGAUCCAGAAAUUUCAAAUGGACAGGCUAAAGCCCAAGAUCUUUUGGUUGAUCCAAGCCUCCAGCCCCAUAAGUCAGCAGCAGAACCAGCCCUGAUUGAUGACCCAGACGACGAACCUGGAGCGUUGCCUAUUGAUCCAAGCCUGGAAGAUGAUGUUGGCAGCAAGAGAAGGCGCAGGAUUGAUGUUGAUGAUGAUUUCACCCCUAGUAGAAGAACCUCCUCUCACAUUGACCUUUCUGGUAGCAGAAAGGUAGCUACAAGACGCAGUCAACUACAGUCCAUACAUGUAGGUGAACCCGACGGGUCUACUAGCGACCAGAGUGGGAACGAGACUGCACUUGAGGCGCAACAUUCGCAAGCAAUGCUACGCCCUCGGACUUCACGACCUUCAAUAAAGACUGUUAAAAAGGCUGUGGUAGCCAGCUCGAAGGUCAAGUCAGCUAAGAAAACUGGCGCUGGAGCUGGAGCUCAAACUAAACAAGUAACUAAACCAGCAACCGCCCCACAGCCUGUCCCAGUAUCACCAGAUUCCGAACCACAGGUGGACAGCACAGCUAAACAGGCAGCCAAAAACAAAGUGGCUAAACUCCAGGCGAUGAAAUGGGCUGAAGGUGAUGAAGACCUUGACGACGGAUGGGAGUAA